AAAUGGCACAAGCCCCGUUUGAAGUCGCAGCGAAAGCUAAGCGUGAAUCUAUACUACAUCUGAUUCCGGAAAAAUGGCGAUUGCAAGAAAUCCCGUCAGCCGCUCAACAGAGGGAUGUGACUGGAAGUUAUAUCCAACAAUUCUUGACUCCACGCGAAAUUGAGAUCACAGAGACUGAUGCCGUCGGUAUCCUAGCAUGUACCACUACUGGAAAAUGGAAGUGUGUAGAGGUGACAGAGGCAUUUUGUCACCGAGCAGCUCUUGCUCAUCAAUUUGUGAAUUGCUUGCACGAGAUUUUCUUUGAUGCCGCACUUGAGGAUGCAAAGCGGUUAGAUGCCUAUUUUGCUGAGCAUAAUCAGCCAAUUGGGGCCCUCCACGGGCUACCAAUCAGCUUGAAAGACCAAUUCCACGUCAUGGGGGUCGAAACAACUAUGGGAUAUGUUGGCUGGAUAGGAACUUUCCAGGGCAUCAAGAAUGACCCAAGGAGGUGUGUAUUCGAGAGCGAGCUGGUCAAGGAACUCCGUGCACUUGGUGCCAUUUUGCAUUGCAAAACCUCCGUUCCGGCCACCCUCAUGAUUGGAGAAACAGUCAACAAUAUUAUUGAUUACACUUGGAACCCUGCCAAUCGAAAUCUCUCUUCGGGAGGAAGUUCUGGCGGUGAAGGAGCCCUGAUUGCAUUGCGAGGGUCUGCGGCGGGAUUUGGCACCGAUAUUGGAGGGAGUGUCCGCAUCCCGUCCGCACACAACGGUCUGUAUGGUAUCCGUCCGUCGGCUGGUAGAAUUCCUUAUGAAGGAGCUGCCAAUUCUAUGGAUGGCCAGAAUUCAAUCAUCUCAGUGAUUGGACCUAUGGCCAGGACCCCAAGUGAUCUAAAGCUCAUCUUUAAGGCAGUGCUAAGCCAGAAACCAUGGCUUCACGAUCCUAUGGCAAUUGAGCUUCCAUGGAGGGCCGAUUUGGAACGCGAAACGUUGGAUUUGAUAAAUGGGUCUCACCAAGGUACCGGGCAACUAGCCUUCGGGAUUCUUUACAACGAUGGGUCGUGUACGCCACAGCCCCCUGUCGCUCGUGCGUUAAAGAUCAUGACGGAGACUUUAACGCGACUCGGCCACAAGGUGAUUGAAUGGAAGCCACCAAAUCAUGCAAGAGGGGCCAAAAUAGCGAGCACUAUAUAUGGGUUCGAUGCCGGUGCAGACGCCCGGUACCAUUUUGGCCUAUCAGGAGAGAGACUCGCGCCAUUUGAUUAUGUCUACGCCCGUAAUAACCCCGAAAAAACAGCCACGGAAAUUGCAGCAACGAACAUUGCUAAACGUGAAUUCCAGAAAGAGUACAUGGAGUACUGGAACUCAACCACAUCCCAGACAGGCACGGGACGUCCGGUUGAUGGUUUCAUCUGUCCUGUUGCACCGUAUGCGGCUCCGAUACGAAACGGAUGUUAUUAUACUGCAUAUACAAGCAUCGUGAAUGUUCUGGAUUACAGCGCUAUCGCGAUUCCUGUCACCAAAGCAGAUCAAACGUUGGAUAUCAUGGAGAAAGAUUAUUCUCCGUUUAAUGAAGUGGAUGGUCAUGUCCAUAGCAGCUACGACCCUGAACUCUAUCACGGGACACCCGUGGGGUUGCAGCUUGUCGGCAGGAGAUAUCAGGAGGAAAAGUUGAUCGUACUAGCUGAGUACAUCGGAGAAACGUUAAGAAAAGCAGGACACCCAGGCGCACCUCAGUCAAGCCUUUGA